AUUUGAAAAACUUUAUUCCGUCUGAAUUCAGGGAACAACCCGUCCUUUCAAAACAACACCACCGACUCUGCUCACUGACCGCUGCCCGUUAACCGGGGUGCACAUCUGUAGUAUUCAUGGGGGGUUAAACAUUAUAAGUGCUUUUGUGAAGGACUGAUCCACCUCAGCUAUAAGCCCCCUUAUCUGUGGCCGUUCCGAGUUUUCGAAAUCCAAUGGCAUCAGAAGAAAUGGAAGGCAUGUGUCCUCUGCCCGAGAUGACCAACAUCAAGGUGGAGCCCUCUGUAAGCAUUGGCACGACAGAGGAUGCCGGCUCGCAGAAUGUGGCCAUGGGCAUAAAAUUCAUCUUGCCUAACCGCUUUGACAUGAACGUGUGCUCCCGCUUCGUGAAGUCACUGAAUGAAGAAGACAGCAAGAACAUCCAAGACCAAGUGAACUCUGACUUGGAGGUGGCCUCAGUCUUGUCUAAAGCGGAAUGCAAUAUCCAGACUUCUCCUUCUCCCGGAAUUCAAGUUAGGCAUGUUUACACACCGUCCACCACCAAGCACUUCUCUCCAAUAAAACAGUCGACAACGCUAACCAACAAACACCGCGGCAACGAGGUCUCCUCAACUCCACUGCUUGUUCACUCUCUGUCUAUUCACCAACUUGCAGCACAAGGUGAAAUGGUGUUCCUAGCCAGUCGAAUAGAACAAGAGUCAGUCAUAAACCUGCAGGACGAAGAGGGCUUCACUCCACUCAUGUGGGCGGCAGCUCAUGGUCAGAUCGCUGUGGUUGAAUUCCUGUUACAGAGCGGUGCGGACCCCCACAUCUUGGCAAAAGGAAGAGAAAGUGCAUUGUCGUUAGCCUGCAGUAAAGGCUAUACAGACAUAGUCAGAAUGCUCAUUGAUUGUGGUGUGGACGUCAACGAGUAUGACUGGAACGGAGGAGCCCCUAUACUUUAUGCUGUCCAUGGUAAUCAUGUCCGUUGUGUGGAAAUCCUCUUGGAGAAUGGAGCUGACCCAACCAUGGAGUCUGACUCAGGCUUCAAUGCUAUGGACAUGGCUGUGGCAAUGGGCCAUAGACAUGUUCAACAGGUCAUGGAAGCACAUCUACUGAAGCUGCUACAAGGAAUCAAAGAGUAACUGUUACUGAGGAAGGAGAGAAAGGAACUGAAUAUAACUGAACAUCACUGAGGAGGUCUGUUAGACAAAACAGAUGAACUGGACAAUUCAUCACUUUGCAUGUUUACAUUACUCGUGUAGAAACCACUUUCGCUGUGGUUUCUUCGUCCGUUAUGUUGUUUUAAUUUUUUUGGUCAUUUUUAUUAUGACAGUGUGCAAAAAAAUGUGUAGGCAUCCCUUAACUUUUAUGUAUUGUGUAUAUUUAUUUAGAUGCGUGGACUAUGUGUGAAGCUGUUCUGUGUGAACUCAGUGUAGGUUUUUUUUAAUGAAAUAAUACAAAAACCAACUGUUUGCAUUAUGUACUUGAACCUGCCAACUAAAUUUUACAAUAAAAUGACAGGCAAAAGCAGAAAGUACUUUUUUUCAUUUCAAUUAUGUCUUUUUUUUAUUAUCCUGCAAAUAUUUUUAUAAGACAAAUAGGGUAAAUUGGUAGGUUUCAUUUAUGUAAUACUGACAGUAACAGUUUGUGAAAAAUGAAAGAUCAAAAUGAAUGCCCUGAUGAACUCAGCUCAGCUUCUUUUCCUACUUGGCCAGUCCACUGUUCUAUUGGUGGAAUAUUCAAAUGACUGGAAUGUAACUGAACUAGUGCAUAAAAUGAUUUGCUGUUGGGCAAUAAAUUAGAAUAAAUCUGUAUACAUUAAUCUACACCACAUUACAAACCAAUUAAGCAACCAUGAGAAAAUGAUCAAGCAUUGGGUACCCAAUUUAAAAUAGUUAAACAUUUAGUCCAAAUGACAAAAGCCUGAUUCACUGGUGUUCAUUCUCAGUCAUACAUUAAAAACAAUUUGAUAUAGUUCAAACAAAAAAAAGAAACUAAUCAAGAAGCAUUGACUUUAACACACUUAUGGAAUGCUAUCUAGACAACCAAUCAGGAGGCUUAAGUUUGGAACAAGCAUGCUUACUCGCUCACUGAUCCUAAACAGACCAACUAAUAAGGUUUUUGAUUUAAGCAAUGCUUGAUUUGAUUUAAGAGAUGCUAUAAAAUGUAUUAACCCAACCCUAAUUCACUAGAAAGUAACAAAUGCAUACAUUCUAGCUGGUUUUAAACUUCACUUUAAAAGCAUGAAGUCUUCAGUUGUUUGAGAUGCAGUGUAUGCUCAAUUUAGAAUAAAUGAUACAAAACAAGGUGCCUGUUAAACCGAGUCAACAGAUCAGUAUUAUUGCAAUAAAAUGUUUUUUCCUAAACUAAGCAAUGUCUUAUGCAAACUGUUUUGACAAACUACCAAAAAUAAGGCUACACAUUUAACCUUUUUCUCCUCCAAAAGACCAAGUUUCGUAGACAUUUAGAGAACAUUACCAUCAGUUUCCAUAGUCUACACACAACAAUCUUUUUGAAGCAUUAAAACAGAAACAUAAGUGACUAAACCUCUUUUUCCAGUGAGAUGAAAGCGCUACAUACCAGCUGGUUGUAAGAAGUAAAAAUAAGUCAAAUGAAAAAUGUGCAGAGAAGGCAGUGAUGUAUUUAAUAAGCAUUUAAUAGCAAAUGUUUAUUUCCAGAUGUUGGCUUGAGCUAGGCCACAAAGGAGUGAGCCUCAGUAACAGGGAGAUAGACGGGCAGGACGCCCCACAGACCGCACACACUCACACCUCACUGUGUGAAGCUUUGCACGGUAAACACAAUCUCACACCCUCAGCCUGGACACAAGGGGGACACAGCAGUGCACAAGAGGACAAACAGGACGAGUGGGGUUGAAAUAUAUUUAUAAAAGAAAAAAAAAAAAACAAUUGCCCAAAAAG